CUUUAAAAUAUAUAAAAUAUAUAUAAUAAAUUUUGAAUCUAAUCCAUGGAUUCAAAAUGUUCUUCAAAUCCAACUGGAAGGGGUCCUCGUAAUUAUAAAUGUAUAUAUGACCCUGAACUAGACUUCCAAGGUUUAAGAACAAGUAAUCAUCCUUUAUUUGAAUAUGGCGAUGAAUCUUCCUUAACUUCUCCACAAGAUCCUCGACAAAAUAAACUUGUUUAUGAAAGAAAUUUUUUAAAGAGUCGUUUCCUUUACAAAAAAUAUCUUUAUACAGUUGAAUAUAAAUUUGAUGAACACUCAGUAGGCACAAAGCCUCCUAAUACUAUUUUAGUAUCUCGUUUAUCACCACUUAUGACAGAUACUCAAAUUAUGACUUACUUUUCAGUUUAUGGUCAAGUUCAAUCCGUUGAGAUUGAGAAAUGUCCAAAUACAGGUGGCUCAUUAGGCAUUGCCCAUGUUACGUUUGUUUCGGAUGAUUUAAAUGAUGGUCAUGCUGCUGCUUGUUUAGCUGUUGAAAAGGGAAACGGUCGUAAAAUGGGUGUUGCUGAAUCUGUAAAAGUUUGCUUUGAUCCAACAGGCAAACAAUUAAAAUUAGCUAUUGAUGAAGCAAACAGACCACCUUCUUUACCGUCACAAGAAUCAAGGAGUCCUUCUUUAGUUAGUAAUCAUCGCUCAUCUAAUACACCUCUAUAUAAUAGUCGACAUCAUCAUCAUCAUCAUCAUUCUUAUUAUGAUUAUUAUAGUGGUAGUGGUAGUGGCAGUAAUAGAAGAUAUCAUCAUUAUUCUGAAGAUGCAGAUGACUAUUGGGAUGGUCGACAUUAUUCUCGUUCUUCGCGUGAUCAUUAUCGAGAUGAGCGAAUACCAUCUAGAUAUUAUUCUUAUCAUCGUUAUUUAUCUCCACGACGCCAUCAUUCUCCUGAACAUUAUUCAUUACGACGAUAUCGAUCUUCUCAUUAUUAUGAUAGAAGAAGUCCAAGUCUUGACUCAUAUGAUAGAUAUAGUAGAAGCCCAAGCCCUGCUAACAGUAGUCGUAGCAGUAGUAGUAAUAAAAGACGUCGACCCACAUCAACUCAUAUAGAUAGUUAUGAUGAUAAAAGAAGAAAGUCGAAUUCAUCAACACCACAUCGUAUUGUGCAUCCAAAGUUAAUCAUCUCAAGAGAAUGUUUACCAUUUGUAAGAGGUGUCUUGGAAGAAUUAAAAAAGAUGUACUAUUAUUACGAUUAUAUCGAUAUUUAUCAUGAUGAAGAGGAUUGGUUUAUUGUAUUUGAUUCGUUAACAAUAGCGAAAAGGGCCUUUGAUGAGACAAAUAAACAAAUCCUGAUGGGAUAUAAAUUAUCAAUUACAUUAAAGGAUGUAUCAGAGAGAACAACGUUAUCAAAGCAAAAUGGGUCUGAUUCAGUAGUCAAUGGAGUAUUUCAUUUAAAUGAACCAUCAUCUAAUGAAGUCGCUAGUAGUCUUUCCAAUCAUAAAAUAAGUCAGAAUACUACUGUCAAUCGCCAUACACCAAUGACUGCUAAAGAGCUACUCUUUAAUCAAUUAGCAGAUGUUUUCUUGAAAGAUUUGAAGAACCGUAUCGUUGGACCUACGAUUUACGAUCAUUUAAAAUCAAUGAGAGAGGUACGAAAACACGAGAUGUCACGUAUCGUGUCGAGUCCUGAUCAAAUCAUCGAUUCAAAGGAAAAGAUAGUUGAGUCUGUUAUUUCGUCUAACAAUAUAACAAAAAAGUUGCCUCAUUUCAAAAAGAAGUCUUCCUUGUUAUUAACUUCUUUGAAGCGUAAUGGCAAAUCCUAUCACGAUCUUUAUUCUAUUUCUACUUUUUCAUCAACGGCUGAAGAAGAAGAAGAGGGAGAAGAAGAAGCAGUAGUAUCAAGACAGCAUGAUACCGUUAUCUCACAGACUUUAGAACAAGUAAAGAAAGAAGAGACAACUUCAAUAUCCUCAUCGCCACGCAUUUUUUCAUCCUCUUCUAGCUCUGAAGAUGGUGAAUAUCAUUCAGGUCUUGAAGAAGAAGAAGAAAUAGACACUAAAGUGAAAAAACCGACAACGAAAGGCCGUCAGCCAUUUCGUUUGCGGGACUAUCUUAGUAGUGAUGAUGAAUCCAAGAGUGAGGACGUUGGAUACGAAGACUUUUUAAAACAAUUACGACAAAAGAGUAGUACAGUAGAGAGCGAAUCAGAGGAUGACUUUAUUGUGGAGGAUGAUGUUAGUUCUCAAAGGAAAAAGCGUAGACGUGUUAAUUCAACACAAACAACAAGGAAGAUAAAGAAGACGAUAAAAAAAUCAAAAUUACAUGAGAUUGAUGAUGAUGAUGAUGAAUAUACAGAUAACGAAUAUGACACAAAGACAAGAAUCAAAAAGACACAUAAAAAGAAACAGAUACAGAAAAAUAAGACGACUUUAACUGAAGAAGAGCCACUACUUGAACGAAUUUAUGAGAUAAAAGAAGAGGCAGCAACAAGGGAAACAAGUGUAGCAAGUUCUGAUUAUUAUGAAACAGAUGAAACAGAACAAUUGAGUAAAGAGGAAAUGGAAAAGAUGCUUUUAGCUACAAUGGAUGAAUCGGAUAGUGAAGAAUUAAUAGAGCUCCCAGAGAAACUAGACGAACCACCUGAAUGGGAUCCUAUGAAUCAAAUUAAAGAUCCAGAAGAUUUUGCAUUUUUGCGUGGGGCUUUAUUAGAGAGAGCAGGUUAUGAGUUAAAAGAACCUAUAACAAAUGUAAUUAAAGGUGGAUGUGCUCGUGUUCGUGGCAUAAAUGAUGCUAAAAAGGCUAUACCUAAAAGUACAACAACACGUACAGCCUCAACAGCAACAAUAGAACCAGAACUAAGUAAUAGUACACCUGAACCCGUCUCAUCACCUUCAAAUAAUCGAAUUACAUCAAGAGCAACUCGAGUCAAUAACCGACGAUUAGCAAUGGGCAUUGAAUUACAAAAGAAGACGAUUGAUUCAGAUAUUUUGAAAUUUAAUCAACUUAUGAGUCGUAAAAAGCAAUUGAGAUUUGCUAGGUCACCUAUUCAUGAUUGGGGACUUUAUGCAGAAGAGCAUAUUGAUAUGAAUGAUAUGGUGAUUGAGUAUGUAGGAGAAAUUAUUCGUCAACAAGUAGCUGAGGAAAGAGAAAAGAAAUAUGAGAGAUGUGGUAUUGGCAGUAGUUAUUUGUUUCGUGUGGAUGAUGAUACUGUAAUUGAUGCAACUAAAUGUGGAAAUGUAGCUCGAUUUAUUAAUCAUUGUUGUGCACCUAAUUGUAGUGCAAAGAUUAUUACAGUAGAUAAACAAAAAAAGAUUGUUAUUUACGCAAAUCGAGAUAUUGAACCUGGAGAGGAAAUUACAUAUGAUUAUAAAUUCCCAAUUGAAGCUGAUAAGAUACCCUGUUUGUGCGGUAGCAAGUACUGUAAAGGAACACUUAAUUAAAAUAAGCAUACGAAUUCUAUUACAUUUAAUACCUAUAUAAUAUAUAUGUAUAUGUAUAUGUAUACGUAGAUGUACAUUUGUAGUUAUUUUUAUAUCUAAAAGAAAAAAAAAGAAAGAAAAGAAAUGC